GCUGGUAAACUGGCUCUAAUUUCUUCAACAUUCAACCAGAUGUAGUCGGAACGUAAUGUUUUAUCCGUUUUGAGUAAAUACGUGCUCGUUUUAAUAUACAAAAAGAAGAAGAAGAAAUGAAGUGAAUUGAUACGAUGGUAGUCCGAGCUAGUUUGAUUAAGUUCGUGUUUACUGUACAUUUGUGGAAGCUUUGCUCGCCAAAAUUUAUCGAAAAUGAAUCAUUCGUUCGACCGUAUCGAUACAACUUUUCUAAUAAUGUGGACGCAGUCCUAAACGGAUCGUUAGCUAGUGUCGUGGGAAUGCAAGACCAAAGACCGAAUGUCACUGUCGGCAAUGUAAAGUUACAAAAAGUGGGAAGAAUGAGCCGAAAACUGGAUAAUUUCGGAAGUAAUCGCUUCUUUUACGUACAAACGCGUAAUGCUGAUGGAUUCGACGAUAAGCAAUUCAACGAUCACUACUACAUCAACUAUCAACAAGCUUACGGCAUUCGGUUUGAUCCACAAAAAAUUAAAAGAAGUUUCAGUUUCAAAGAGUCAGAAAAUGAUGAAUUAGUAACAACUGAAACGUUUGAUGAGACCACAACCAUUACAAACGAUUUUCAAGAAGACAAUCACAAUGAAGAUGCAUACGAUGCCGACGAAGGACUCCUAAGUACAUCUUUUCAGAAUGAUACGAGCUGGCCACCAGUGACCAACGAAACAAGUAACUUCGUAGAUGUUUCACACGUCUUCGACGGACAGCCAUCAAUCGAAAAUGUUAAUUCAUAUCAACAUGUAGCCCAGCCGUCCAGGAUUGCAGCGGCUCUUCAACAUUUAAAUUCAAAGAUAAAAAAUCUAUUUUCCAUUGAUGUCAGUGCUAAUCCGAGCACACAGCGUUUCCUGAAUGUGUUUAAUAUUAUAAAGUUCGAGAAUGUGCCUUGUACAUCGUCAAAGCCACCGUUAACUCCACUAGAUGGUACAUGCUAUCACAAAUUUGAAUGCGACCAGCUGGGUGGAAUUGCUGUCGAUACUUGUGCUGGUGGCUACGGAGUGUGCUGUGUUUUUCAAUUUGGAUGUGGUGGCACGACAAAUCAGAACGUUAGUUACUUCAAAAAUCCCGAUUUCCCGGCCGCUACAAAAACCAAACUCAUAUGUACAUUUACCGUCGAACUACAGCCAAAUGUAAAUCAAGUUUUUCUCGAAUUUCUAUUCUUCGAGCUGAAAGCACCAAAAGGUGGCAGUUGUGUGGACGACCAAUUCAUUGUGGCUGGACACAGUUCGAAUAACCUGAUUCCAAUUUUAUGUGGAGUGAAUUCCGGACAGCAUGUCUACGUUAAUGUUGAUAGUUCGCUGGACCGAAAGUUAUAUCUGUCAGUUCUGGCAGCCUCUCCCGAUGCAAGAGCAUUCAACAUACGCAUAUCCCAAAUUCAAGGGGCAUUCGGACAGGCGCCGCAGAAUUGUUUGCAAUACUAUCAAGAAGCAAACGGAGUUGUACAGACAUUUAACUAUGACGAUCUAGCCGAAAUUGUUGAAGUACGAAAUCCAACGUAUUUUAAUAACCUAAAUUACGCGAUUUGCAUAAAACGAUUGCCAGAAUUCUGUACCAUACAAUACACCAAUAUUAUCGGCAAAUUCGAACUGCCCUUCCAAUUGGUGAAUGUUGAUAUGGACGGAACCAGCGUCAUACCAUCCGGACAAGCUGGAGCUGAAAUCUACAAUUGUGCUGAUGAUUUUAUAUCGGUAAACGGAAUACGUUUAUGUGGCGACAAAUUGAACGACGGAAGCGUUACCGACGAUUUUACAAUAAGUGCACCCGUAGCCGAUUACAGUGCUGGUCCUAUAAUCAUACCCGUACGAACAAAUGAUGCUGUGGUCGGCCGUGGCUUUAAAUUGAUAUACCAACAGCUACCAUGCCAGGAUGUAACCGAAUAAAUAAUUUAUUUUACUUUUAAAAAACC